CGGGAUACCAUGACGAUAAAAACAGUACUACGAAGCAGGCAACGGCCAUUGUCGAUUUCAUAAAUGAUAUAAAACCACUUGACCGCCAGCUGGUAUCUGCCCAGUAGUUCACAGCGGCAAGCACAUUCUUUCCACGCAUUGAAAGUCCCUCUUUUCAGUCACUCUCUUGCAAUGCGCUCCAAGAUGAGCCUUCUGGCCGGCACGGCCACACUCUCCCUUGCCCAGGCCACCAGCCUGGCGGAUGUCUGCACAUCCUCCUACGCUCGUUCCGUGGCCCCCAGCAGCCCCCUCAUGGGCAUCACCGUGGACACCACCUCCAUCACUGCGAACCCGGUCUACAACUACAGCUCCGCCUCCACAGCCUUCUGGCCUGCCUCCACCUUCGAUUUCUGUAACGUCACCCUGGCCUACACCCACGAUGGGCUCGAUGACCAGGUCCUGCUGCAGUUCUGGCUCCCUGCCCCAGCCGACUUCAAGAACCGCUGGCUCUCCACCGGUGGUUUCGGCUAUGCCAUCAACGGCGACGGCGCUGACCUGCCCGGCGGUGUCAUGUACGGCGCUGCCUCCGGCCAGACAGACGGUGGUUUCGGUAGCUUCUCCACCGAAUUCGAUGCCGUCUUCCUGAAGGCCAACGGUACCAUCGACCGCCAGGCCCUCUACAUGUUCGGCUACCAAGCCCACUACGAACUCAGUGCCGUCGGCAAGGCCUUCACCAAGAACUUCUUCGACCUUGGCUCCUCCAAGCUCUACGCCUACUACCAGGGCUGCUCCGAAGGUGGCCGCGAGGGCUGGUCCCAAGUCCAGCGCUUCGGCGAGGAAUGGGACGGCGCUGUCAUCGGCGCCCCUGCCAUCCGCUACGGCCAGCAGCAGCCCAACCACCUCUACCCUGGUCUCGUCGAAUACACCAUGGGCUACUACCCCCCGCCCUGCGAACUCGAGAAGAUCAACAAUAUGACCAUUGCUGCCUGCGACGCCCUUGACGGCAAGAAGGACGGCGUCGUCGCCCGCACCGACCUCUGCAAGCUGCAUUUCAAUGUCAACUCCACCAUCGGCGCCCCCUACUACUGCCCCGCCGAAACCACCACCACUGUGCUCAAGAAACGUCUCUCUACCAGCAACACCACCCCAGCCCAAAACGGCACCGUCACCAAAGAAGGCGCCGCCGUUGCUGCCAAGAUCCUCGAUGGCCUGAAGACCCUCGACGGCAAGCGUGCCUACAUCUGGUACCAGCCCAGCGCGACCUUCGACGACGCCGAAACGCAAUACAACUCUGAUACUGACUCUUGGGAACUGGACAUCACCUCCCUGGGUGGCGAAUGGGUCGCCAAGUUCCUCGAACUCUACGACGUUGAUAACCUCUCCACCCUCGACAACGUUACCUACGACGUCAUGACGAAAUGGAUGACUCUGGGCUGGCAACGCUACGAAGACGUCCUGCAAACCACCUGGCCCGACCUGACCCCGUUCCACUCCAACGGCGGCAAGAUCAUCCACGUCCACGGCGAAUCCGACCCCAGUAUUCCCACCGGCUCCUCGGUUCACUACCACGAAUCCGUCCGUAAAACGAUGUAUUCCUCCCUCUCCUUCAACGAGUCCUCCGACGCCUUGAAUGACUGGAACCGUCUGUACCUUGUCCCUGGUGCUGCACACUGCUCGUACAGCACGGACCAGCCCAAUGGCGGCUGGCCGCAGAGCACUCUGCCUACGUUGUUUGAUUGGGUGGAGAACGGCCAGAAGCCGGAUCGCUUGAAUGCUACGGUUCAGGAAGGUGAGAACUAUGGUCAGGUUCAGCAGUUGUGUGCUUGGCCGUUGAGACCUUACUUCGUGAACAACGGGACGGAGUUGACCUGUGUCUUUGAUGAGGAGUCGUACCAGACUUGGGUGUACGAUUUCGAUGCUUAUGACCUGCCGCUAUACUAGGUAUUUGGGAAGCAGUUAGUUGGAUGAGGGGGUAUGUUUAGUGACGAAUGUAUACUAUUGUGUACCAUGUAUGUCUGACUGAGAUCUCUG